GGCGGCUCCUGUCUGGCAGCGCCUCUCUAUGGUGAGUUGGGGCCUUGCGGUGCUGCUGUCAGCGCGGCGUGGCCAUGGCUGAGGUGCGUCUGGAGGUGCCCGAGGAGGUGCGGCUCUUCCUGCGCCAGCACCCGCUGCUCAGCCUCGAGGAGUCGGGCAAGGUGCGGUGCCGGCUGACGGGCCACGAGCUGCCGUGCCGACUGAUAGAGCUGCAGGCUUACACCGACGGCAAGAAGUACCGGCGGCUGAUAAAGACAUCCAGAGAGUUUGAUUAUGGCACGUUCGAGCCCCAUAUAGUGCCCAGCACAAAGAACCUACAUCAGCUGUUCUGCAAGCUCACUCUCAGACACAUCAACAAGCUUCCAGAGCACGUCCUGCGUCACGUCCAAGGGAAACGCUAUCAGAAGGCGCUGAAAGCAUAUGAGAAGUGCCAGAAGGAAGGCGUGGAGUAUGUCCCUGCCUGCUUGCGGCAGAAGCAGAAGCAGCAGCGGAGACAGCACGCUGACGACCAAAUGAAGGGGAGCAGGCAGCCUUCCAGAACAGAAGAAUUCUGGGAGCCAAAGUCUCCCAGGACGGAUGAGGAGGAGGAUGGAGAGGAGACGGACGACAGCAUGAGCGAUCUGUACCCACCCGAACUCUUCCCAGAAAAAAGCCCAGCAGCUCCACAAAACACAGAGGCCAAUGGUGGUUUUGCGACAGACAGCGAGGACGAUGGGGCCGAGCUGACUUGGGAGAACGGUGACGUGAACGGAGAGGAUGGUGGAAGAAUGGAUGUCAGCAGAGCAGCUGGCAAGAGGGGAAAGAAGCAGUCAGGCCCUUCAAAGAAAAAAUUCAAGAGUUGUCAUCGAAAACCCAAAAACUUCAAGAAAACAACCAAUGGUAAAUAAAUGUUCAUGGUAAGAA